AUGUCUGCUAAGAAGAGUCCCAUCACCUGCCACGUUCUCGUUGCCUCCCAGGGUAUCCCCGGCAAGAACAUUGACGUCAAGAUUGAAAAGCUCGACGGCCAGGGCUUCUCCACCUUGUCUACUGCUCAAACCAACGACGAUGGUCGCUGCCCCAACUUGCUUCCCGGUGAUUACAAGGCUGAGAAGGGUAUCUACCGUGUUACUUUCGAAACCAAGCCCUACUUUGACAGAUACAACCAGGAAUGCUUCUAUCCCUAUGUUCAGAUCGUUUUCGAACUCGCCAACCCUGAGCAACACUACCACAUCCCUCUUUUGAUCAGCCCUUACUCUUACACCACCUACCGUGGUAGCUAA